GAGAGAGAGAGAGAAGUGUCACUCUCAUUUCUCAGUUCUCUCAGAGCACAGCAAAACAAAAAAGAAGAUCAAACCAAAACAGCGUUGCUUCAUAGGCCCCCCUCCCUCCCUCUCUCGCUCUCUACCCAUCUCACAAUUAAACCACAUAAACAACUGAAAUCCAGCCUCCACCUCCAACUAGUCACAAGCUUCACUGCAGCCCAUUUUCUGAUCGAUCUCAAUUUUUUAUGCCGAUAUGGGUUUUCGGCUUUUAUUAGCCUCUUUUUCUCACUCGCUGCAAAUUUAACCCCCCAAAAAAAAAACCAGUGAGAAUUGUGUCAAACAGAGGAAGACCCAAGUCAGCAAAUGGCUUCAGGUGCUCAGUCGUCGGGCACAGGCCAUGCCAAAGCUCACAACAAUACAGAGUCUGUAAGCAAAGCCAUUGCUCAGUACACCGUCGAUGCUCGGCUGCACGCGGUGUUUGAGCAGUCAGGCGAGUCUGGUAAGUCCUUCGACUACUCACAGAGCAUGAGGACCACCAAAGACUCAGUCCCGGAGCAGCAGAUUACAGCUUACCUGUCCAAAAUUCAAAGGGGGGGCCAUAUUCAACCCUUUGGGUGCAUGAUGGCUGUGGACGAAGCCACCUUUGGGGUCAUUGCAUACAGCGAAAACGCCCGAGACCUGCUCGACCUAACGCCGCAGUCAGUUCCGAUCCUCGAAAAACCUGAGAUCCUCACAAUUGGGACUGAUGUCCGUACACUCUUCACGCCCUCCAGCGCAGUUUUGCUCGAGAAGGCAUUUGGGGCUCGGGAGAUUACUCUUUUGAACCCAAUUUGGAUGCACUCCAAGAUUUCUGGUAAGCCCUUUUACGCAAUUCUGCACCGGAUUGAUGUUGGGGUUGUGAUUGAUUUGGAGCCUGCUAGAACAGAGGACCCUGCGCUGUCUAUAGCCGGCGCGGUUCAGUCUCAGAAAUUGGCAGUGAGGGCAAUUUCACAGCUGCAGUCACUGCCUGGUGGGGACAUUAAGAUUUUGUGUGAUACUGCGGUUGAGAGUGUAAGGGAGCUUACUGGUUAUGAUAGAGUUAUGGUGUAUAAGUUUCAUGAGGAUGAGCAUGGUGAGGUUGUGGCUGAGAGCAAGAGGCCCGACUUAGAGCCAUAUCUUGGGCUGCACUAUCCUGCCACGGAUAUACCUCAGGCGUCGAGGUUUUUGUUCAAGCAGAACCGGGUCAGAAUGAUAGUAGACUGUCAUGCCACGCCGGUCCAUGUAAUUCAGGAUGAAGGGCUGAUGCAGCCUCUGUGCUUGGUUGGAUCCACACUUCGUGCCCCUCAUGGUUGUCACUCCCAGUAUAUGGCUAAUAUGGGCUCCAUUGCCUCGCUAGCUUUGGCAGUCAUCAUCAAUGGAAAUGAUGAGGAAGCUAUUGGCGGGAGGAACUCAAUGAGACUAUGGGGCCUGGUUGUUUGCCACCAUACCUCUGCUCGGUGCAUUCCGUUUCCCCUUCGGUAUGCUUGUGAGUUCCUAAUGCAGGCCUUUGGGCUUCAGUUGAAUAUGGAAUUGCAAUUGGCUUCACAAUUGUCUGAGAAACAUGUUUUGAGGACCCAGACUCUCUUGUGUGAUAUGCUUCUUCGUGACACCCCAGCUGGCAUUGUUACUCAAAGUCCUAGUAUUAUGGACCUUGUGAAGUGUGACGGGGCUGCACUAUACUACCAAGGGAAGUACUACCCACAAGGUGUGACCCCGACUGAAGCGCAGAUAAAGGACAUUGUGGAGUGGCUGUUGGCUUUCCAUGGAAGUUCAACAGGUUUAAGCACAGAUAGUUUGGGUGAUGCUGGGUACCCCGGAGCUGCCUCUCUGGGCGAUGCUGUUUGUGGGAUGGCUGCUGCUUAUAUCACCAAGAGGGAUUUUCUGUUCUGGUUCCGAUCCCACACUGGCAAAGAGAUCAAAUGGGGUGGAGCAAAGCAUCAUCCAGAGGACAAGGAUGAUGGACAGAGGAUGCAUCCACGCUCUUCAUUCAAGGCAUUUUUGGAAGUGGUUAAAAGCCGUAGUUUGCCGUGGGAGAACGCAGAAAUGGAUGCAAUACACUCUUUGCAGAUUAUUUUGAGAGACUCAUUUAAGGAUGCAGAGACAAACAAUUCAAAAGCUGUUACGCAGGCCCAGCUUGGUGAUCUGGAGUUUCAAGGGAUCAAUGAGCUCAGCUCGGUAGCAAGAGAAAUGGUUAGAUUGAUAGAGACUGCAACUGCCCCCAUAUUUGCUGUAGAUGUUGAUGGAUGUAUAAAUGGGUGGAAUGCAAAGGUUGCAGAGUUGACAGGUCUCUCAGUCGAGGAAGCUACUGGGAAGUCCUUGGUUCAUGAUCUUGUUUACAAAGAAUCUGAAGAAAUUGUUGACAGGCUUCUUUUCCGUGCUUUAAGAGGAGAAGAAGAUAAGAAUGUAGAAAUAAAAAUGAGGACAUUUGGCCCAGAGCACGACAACAAACCUGUAUUUGUGGUGGUUAAUGCUUGCUGUAGCAAGGAUUACACUAGCAAUAUAGUUGGAGUUUGCUUCGUUGGUCAGGAUGUAACUGGUCAAAAAGUAGUAAUGGACAAGUUCAUAAAAAUACAAGGUGAUUACAAGGCCAUCGUUCAUAGUCCAAACCCUUUGAUCCCUCCUAUAUUUGCUUCAGAUGAUAACACAUGUUGCUCGGAAUGGAACACUGCCAUGGCAAAGCUCACUGGGUGGAGCCAUGGAGAAAUCCUUGGAAAAAUGUUGGUUGGAGAGGUCUUCGGCAGUUGCUGUCGACUCAAGGGUCCAGAUGCUAUGACAAAAUUCAUGAUUGUCCUACACAAUGCCAUUGGAGGGCUAGACACAGACAAAUUUUCCUUUUCAUUCUUUGACCGAAAUGGGAAAUAUGUACAAGCUCUCUUGACAGCCAAUAAGAGGGUGAACGCAGAAGGUCAGGUUAUUGGAGCUUUCUGCUUUUUGCAGAUUGCAAGUUCAGAACUGCAGCAAGCUCUUAAAGUUCAGAGGCAACAGGAAAAUGAAUGUUUUUCUAGGAUGAAAGAAUUGGCUUACAUUUGCCAGGAAAUAAAAAAUCCUUUAAGUGGUAUACGCUUUACUAACUCACUUUUGGAGGCUACAGACUUAACUGAAGAUCAAAAGCAGUUUUUGGAGACCAGUGCUGCUUGUGAGAAGCAAAUUUUGAAGAUUAUAGAAGAUGUUGAUCUGGAUAGCAUUGAAGAUGGAUCACUGGAGAUUGAGAAGUCAGAAUUCUUUCUUGGGAGUGUCAUAAACGCUGUUGUUAGCCAAGUAAUGUUAUUGCUGAGGGAAAGGGAUCUACAAUUGAUUCGGGAUAUUCCUGAAGAAAUCAAAACAUUGGCUGUUUGUGGUGAUCAAGUGAGAAUUCAGCAGGUCUUAGCUGAUUUCUUAUUGAAUAUGGUACGUUAUGCACCAUCGCCUGAAGGCUGGGUGGAGAUUCAUGUUCUUCCAAGCUUGAAGAAAGUAGCUGAUGGAGUCACUCUGGUUCGUACUGAAUUCAGGUUGGUUUGUCCUGGUGAAGGUCUUCCUCCUCAAUUAGUUCAGGAUAUGUUCCAUAGCAGUCAAUGGAUGACUCAGGAGGGCCUAGGACUGAGCAUGUGCAGGAAGAUUUUAAAGCUCAUGAAUGGAGAAGUCCAAUAUAUCAGAGAGUCAGAGAGAUGUUAUUUCUUAAUUAUUCUUGAGUUUCCUAUGCCUCGGAGUACAAAGAGUAUUGACUAGGUCAUUGGAUAUCCAGGACUUUAUAGUCUCAACAGGAGAUGCUCCUUCUCCCAGAACAAACUGCACCAGGCACCAAAGCUACCUGAUUCGUUUCAAGGGUACUUGACAAAACUCAAAACAUGUUUGCGUUAUCCAAGAUUGCUGUUCGACUACACAAGUUCAAAUGACAAACAUGCUCGAGUAAGGUAGCUGAUAGCCUACGUGCAGUCUUAAGAUUUCUCUAAUGCAGUUAAGCCAAAUCUUAAUGCAUUAGUGUGCUGCCCUGUGUUAUUCAUUGAAAAGGACCAAGUGGGUGUAUUUGAGGUAUUGUAGAGAGGCUUCCACGAUCAAAAGUCUUCCGGUAGGAGACUCGUUAGAUUGAGUCACAUCUUUCUUUCGCAUGUUUCUACUUGAUUGCUUGUACUAAAGUCGUUUCCGCUACGCGUUCUCAAAGUGUCCACAGCGAAAGCUUUUUGGCCUUUUCCCUUUUAAUGUAUAAUACUUCGUCUAUGUAAUAAAGUGAUACUGAUAGUCAUCUUCUCGUUGCUGGAUUUAAUGUAACAUGGAUGACUUGUCUGAGUAAUAUAUGCUUUUUUGUUGGCGAAGA